AUGGCUUCGAAGUGCUCCCUCUCGUUCAUACCAACCAUUACCAGGUUGGCUUCACCAGCCCCAACCCGAACCUCAGCAACCCUCUCGCUCCUCUGUUCGAGACGACACCUCCCCGUAUCCGUCGCAUCAACGACAACCCGCCUCGCUCAUAGCAUCCCCCGUCCACGCAACGGAUCUCCAUUCGGCCAGAAACAACCACAACAGCAGCAACAAACAAUCACACCCUCCCCCUCCCCCUCAGAACCGUCCCCAACGGCCCCCGCCACAGCCACCUCGUCACCCCAGCCACAACCGGACUCGACCCAAACCCAGCAACAACAACCACCCCAAACCUCCAACAUCCUCCAGCAGCCGCACUACGAGCUAACCUUCACCUGCCGACCCUGCGACACGCGGUCGCGGCACCGCGUGUCCAAGCACGGGUACCACCACGGGUCUGUGCUGAUCGCAUGCCCGAGCUGCAAGAACCGGCACGUCAUCAGCGACCACCUGCGCAUCUUUGGCGACACGGCCAUGACGGUGGAGGACCUCCUGCGCGAGAAGGGCGAGCUGGUCAAGAAGGGCACGCUGGGCGAGGAAGGGGACCUCGAGUUUUGGGAUGAUGGGACGAGUAGUGUGCGGGAGCCGUGGGUCGAGAAGGAUAAGGUGGAGGGGGAGGAGGGUUUCGUGCCUGGGUCGACUUUUAAGAGCGUGAGGCCGGGGGAUAAGAAGACGGAGGAAUAG